UAUGCUCAUUAGAAUAUAAGGAAUUCACAUAAAUAAACUUAAAGUAAAAUCUUACGGAAGCAUAAUUUAACGAGUGAUCAUAAUAAUAUAAAAUGGAAAUCAUAUUAAUACUUGAACGUAAAUCAAUUAAGUCGUGUAACUACUUAAAUACGUUAAGUGGGUUACCAACUAUUCCCCUCGAACCAACCCACAUUAUCGUCAAUCGUUGAUGAUCAUGGUACGUUACUCGAUCCUCUUCAUCUGGUAUUGAUUUUGUUUCACGGGAAACCAAAUAUCCAUCGCCGGGGGUGCCAAAUUGUUUCGGGCGAUGUUGAUUUGAUUAUUUCACCUAUGACUUAUGAAAACCAAGAAGAUUGUUACUCGGUCACACCUCUCCAAACAAUGUUCGAACGAGGGUGUUUGAGAUUUUUGGUGGAAUCUACAUUAGACUACUCCUAUGGAGAUUCCUGUGGAGAGCUCCGCAACUACACUACGACUACGACUAUGAAGAUCCUUCCUGGAAGGAGAGCUCCGCAAAGUAGUUACAGAGAAAGAUGUAAAGUUUUGACAGAGUUGUUUUGUGUUUAUUUUUUGUUGUCUCCCAUUCUCUCUCCUUGCUCCAACGCUUUUAUCAAAAGCAUCUUUGUAAUCCUCACGUUGUGCAACCGUCUUGCAGUUGCCACGCCCCUCACUCAUCAACCUCCUCGAUCUCAUUUAUGCUCUUCUCUCCACUUGAAUUACACGCUGAACACAAAUGAGCUGCAACACAACCCAACAACUCUGUUGUUCGAACCACGACAUUGUUUUUCCGCAGGUGUAACAUCGUGCUUAACCAAACAAUAGUGUUGUUGACACCACGAUCUUGUAAGACUCGCGAAGAUGUUUUUAUUAAACAACGAUGUAUGCCUUGACCCACAACACCAUCAAACUCCUCAUAUUGAUAAGCUUGCAACUUCGUCAACCUCUCGACAUCUUUGAACUCGCGAUGUCGUUGACCUAACAACAUCGAUGCCGUGAGUUAAAGAACCUUGUUGUGCUCGUAACUUUAUUAGCCAUGAUAACAUCAAUGACCUCACAGCUUUGUGAAAGUCACAGCACCGCUGAACUCACCACAUCAUAAUUCAUUACGAUAUUUUAGCUCGUGGCGUGUUUAGGAGAAAAUCGCCAAAUUCACGGCAUUGUUAAACUCGGGACACUCAUACCAAGGGCUCAGCUCGCGGUGUCGUUGAUUCGGGCUCAAAUGUACACAUUUUACCCAACAUUUCUUAUUCGUUUAGCUUAGUAUUUCAUAGUUCCUCGACAUAUUUCACGCUAGGUUGUGCUUGUUUUGAUACAUUUCAGGUCCUAGCACAUGUGGAAGGGUCGAGGAUGAGUUUUGGGAUAUUUGGAGGUCAAAAUGCGCAAAAACCAAAAAAACAGCCGCAGUUCACGACCAAACGAGGCAGUUUACGGUCUCCUAAGACCGUGAACUUUGACCAAAAAACAUGAACACCGAGGCAUCCAGCGAGGUUCCUGCACUCAGCUAGGGUUUAAAAACUUGGGCUCUAGCCGGGAUCAAUUUGUGGUGUAGUUUCCUGCAUGUCAUUCGUUUAGACUCGCGACGUUUAGACUAAACAAUAUUGAGCUUUACGGUAUUGUCACCCACCGACCGCGGCGUCGUUGAGAUCUCAACCUUCGACGCUGUUGAACUCACCAUAUUGAGCUCGAUAACCUCAUGCCAUUGAACUCACAUUAUUGUUGAUCUCACAACAUUAUUGAACUUUUCAAUCUGGCUCACCUUCUGUUUACACCAUAAAAUUUAUCUUGUACCACAUUGGUGAGUUACAAGAUAAUUAAUGAGUUUAUAAGGCCACACCCAUUAUAACAAUUAAUGUUGAUUAAGUUGGGUCUUAUGAAUAUUGAUUUUAAGCCCAAACCACUUAGUCUCGAGAGGGACAUGCCGCCUCAACGAAGAGGGCCAUGUUCGUCUAAAAUCUAGAGGCACAUGCCGCCUCAACGAAGAGGGCCAUGUCCAUAUAGAAAUUGAGGAGCACAUGCCGCCUCGCGACCAAUACGGAAUGACUGAAAAAUAAGCUAAGUCUGGAAGAGGUACAUGCCGCUUCAAGGAGAAGCAUGUGCCACUUCAACGAGAGGUCCAUGCCACUUCACGAGAAGGGGCAUGGACGCGAGACAAGAUGAGACGUCCAUGCCACUUCAUGAGAAGGGGGCCAUGCUGUGUCACGAGAAGGGCCACAGACAUGACUGAGAAGUCUAUGGCCGCGAAUGAGGAGGCCAUGUCACCUCAUGAUCCAAAAUAUACCAAGUCUGAGAAGGCCAUGCCGCCUCACGAGAAGGGUCAUGUGCAUGAUUAAGGGGUCCAUAGCCGUGUCAUGUGAUGGCCAUGGACGCGAAGCAAGAAGCAUUAGAAAUUAUUGAAAAUACUAAGUAUGGAAAGGCCAUGCCGCAGCAUGAGAGGGGCCUUGUGCAUGAUUGAGAAGUCCAUGCCACUUCACAAGAGUGUCCAUGGACACGAAUGAGAAGGGCGUGGUGGUGGAGCACUAUAUUAGUAAUGACUAAGUCCCAAGUGGGCCAUGGACAUGGGUAAGAAAUCCAUGGCCAUGAGACAAGAGAACCAUGACCUUCUUUGCGAGAUACUACAUGCUCGUCAAAAGAGUAGCAUGGCACGAGAUUCAAAACAAUACUAGGCGAGGCAAGCUACACUCCAAAACCCACGAUGGUUCCAAGAGAGGCACCUAGGCGGUUGAAGGAGUAACCACCACUUCGAGGAAGCAGGGAGCGGUUCUUUUUGGGAGUUAUCCAAGAGGCAGUUUUCUACCGAAGAAGGAGGAGCGGUUCUUUGUAGGAGUUAUCCAACAAGCGGUUUUCUAUGGCGGUUACCUCCUCGAGGCUAUAAAUAAGAGGAGGGGUCAACAGAGACAGAGGUUCCAAAACCAACACUUUGACGCACAUGUCAAUUUUAUCCUUUACCUUUUCUCUAUCAUGUAGCCAUAGAUGUAGUUCGUAGUUUGGAGCUCUCGCCGAACCUCCAUAGGAGUAGAAGUAAUUUAAUUUAGAUCUUGUUACCAAAAACCAAUAAUCAAACACCCUCGUUCGAACUUUGUUUGAAGAGGUUUGAGUCGUGUCUUAGAAAUCGUUGUCCAUAGAAGUCAAAGGUCCAUAGAAGUCUUAGAAAUCGUUUUCUCGCCGGAAAAUAAAUUUGGCACACCUGGUGGGAUCUUGUGUUUGAUUUGAUGGCUCCAAGACAGAGACAACAAGAAGGUGAUCUCUUACCUGGGCUUGUGAAGAAGCAUGUGGCUAAGUUUGAAUUUGGCCAAGAGAUGAAGGAUGUUUCCAGAAACAAUGGCAUGGUGGAGACUUCGUCACCGGCGGCACCAAGUGUUGAUAUAACCACCAACAUCAAGUUACUUCACAAGAUAUUAGAGAAAGACCGCAAGAUGAUGGUGGAGAAUCUUCAAGCUUUGGAGGAGAACCGCAAGAUGAUGGCGGAGAACCGUCAAGCCAUGGAGGAGAACCGCAUGUUGAUGGCGGAGAACUGUCAAGCCAUGGAGCAACAUCGUUAUUCCUUGGAAGGAUGCCUAGUCAGCCUUCAUCUUGGUGCCCAACAAGUAAGCCUCCGCCUAGCAUCUCUCAUUUCUCAUCUAGAUAAUCGUGUAAGUCAACUUAUAGAGUUGGUUAACAAAAAUAAUGAUGAUUUCAAUGAUUUGAAACACCUUUUGAUAAAUCAAGUGGUUCAAUCAAGAGAUUUGCCACUAGAUGGUACAAAAUCUUCUGCUAAUGACCAGAAUGGCCAAUUAUGGCAGAAGUGCUUGUCACUGCCAGUGGCAAGCAAACCACUCCCUCAAUGUGAUAGUUGUGGUGAGAGUUCCACCUCCACUCUGAACACCAAUCAUGGGGUCUUGCAUGUACAAGGUAAUGUUCAACCGCUUGUUCUCGAGACAAGAUCAGAUGAGACACUUAACAAUGGACGAGAUGGUGAAGAUCCAUUCAACAUGGAACAAUACCACCACAUGCUUGCCCACCUGCGAAGCCACCCCUAUUGAGUAGACAAAGAGGCGAUUCUGAUGGACUCAAAACACCAAGAGCUCGGCAAGAUGGGCAUGAAAGUCUAACUUCCCAUAAGGUGAAGCCUAGAAGUCCAUCUAGGGGGCAUGUGGUGUCUAAGAGACCACAUCAAUCACAAGCAACACAUGUUUGUGCUAAGCAUGCUAAUUUGGCUAAGUUUGAAAAUGGGGGCAUGCAUCCAACCAAUUGUAGUGGAAAUUAGGGCAUAUCUAACAAGUCACGACGCGAGAAAGCCAUAAAAAGUUAUUGCAUAUUUGAAAAUUUGGCUAAGUAUGGACAACGCAUGUCCAAAAAGUCAUAUGAAGUCCAAGCCACACAUGUUUGUGAUAAGCAUGCUAGUUUGGCUAAGUUGUGACAUGGGGGCAUGUCAGUGUCACCCAUCAUGAAGUAUGAAGUAGGGCGCAUGUCUUGGAAGACACAACAGGUUGAAGACACUCAUGGCUUUUGUAAGUGUAAAAAUAUGAUUAAGUCUGGCAUGCCACCAAUCACAAAUAGUGGACUUGGGGGCAAGUCCAACAAGGAAAAACGUGACAAAGCCAAAAAGAGUUAUUGUGGUCUUACGAUUACGAAUACAGCUAAGUAUGGGAAAGAAGCCAUGUCACCGACCAUGAAUAAUGGAGUAGGGGGGGGGGGGGGGUAUGUCCAAUAAGCUAAAAGAAUUCCAAGCCACACAUGCUUGUGACAAGCAUGAAAAUUCGGCUAAGUGCGGACAGGGGGGCAAGUCCAUGUCCAUGAGUAAUAUGUACAUGUUACCAACCACGAAGGAUGGACAAGGGGGCAUGUAUAAUAGGUCACAAUACAAACAAAUGAAGCUUGACCGCUCAAAGAAAUAAGGAUGGUUAUGUGCUAAGUGUAAAGGGCAACAAGGUUUAGAUGUGGAAAGACAAAGGCAAAUGGACCACAUGUUGGGAGUAAACAUGUUCCAACCAUGAGGGAACCAAGGCAGAGGAAUACUCAUGGUCGUCUUGACAUGGCAAGUGAUGUGGCUAAGGUAUAUGAGCAUGGGACCCUAUGGAAGGCCACCAAGGCUAGACAUGACGACCAUAUACCACCCACUGGUAAACUAGAAGAUUCGAAUUUAAUGUAUGGAAAGUCAUGUUCCAUGGGGGAAAAGAGGCAUGUGGUCUAUGGAUUGCUUGCCUGCUUUAAUCCAUGGACUUGGUAGUGGGUGUACACUUUUGGCGCAUUAGUUGUUGCCAAAGGCAAUGGAGAGCAGUGACUCUAUCACUCCUUGCCAUGUUAAAUAAAUAAAUCAAAUAUAUGCCUAUAUAUUAAAUAAAUAAAUAGUAGCUAACUAUUUCUAAACAAACAAAAAUAUAUAAGUAACAAAUUUGAUUUAGAGUUGUUAAAUUUUGAUUUGAAGAUCUCGUAGCCAAGUCAUUAUGAUGGCUUGGCAUGCCGAGUCAUAUAUCAGAUCAUGCCAUGCCAUGUCGUUUUGUUCCAAAUAGCCACAUGUUUGAGUGAUGACCCUGACAUGAGGGGUAUGGUGCUUUGAAGAUGAAUGAUGGCUAGUCACGCAAAGGAUUAGAAAAAAAUUCUAAGUGUUAUUGAACCCCAUGGUCAUGGAAGAGAUGCAAGUUGGUGCUUGUCCUACUUACUCAUUGUGGCUAAGUAAUUUACUUCAGAAAAAAAAAAGAGUUGACCAGCACAAGGACAAGCUAAUUCCUUGGCUACGCAUCUAUACUGCGAAACAUAAAAGGAGAGGGAUAUGAUUUUCUUAAAUUAAUUCUCUUCAUUGGCUUAAUUAAUUAAUUGUCCUCUUCUCGUUUGUACAAUAUUCUCGUUUGUACAAGAAGGAAAAAAUAAUGAAUUAUUUCAUUGUUC